AUGUCUGGCAAGGAAGUGCAAGAUUUAAAAUAGAAACAUGAAGAUGAAAAAAGACAACUAUUGGAUUAAAUUCAAUCUUUAGAACAAAAUAAAGCCUAACUUCAACGUAUUAUAGAUUCAUAAAAGCAACUGAACCAAAGAGUUGUUGAUUACAUCAGCUCUAUGACUAUCAAUACUAAUGUUAUAGAAUUGUCACUCAAACCUCCUUUAGAGAGAAGCACAAAAAAUGAUAAUGAAGAUUACAAACUCCUUAUCGAUACUAAGAAUCAAUAAAAUCAAUUGUUGAAAUAAUUGCUUAUGACAAAUCAAUAGCAAAUUCAAGAACUGAAUAAUAAGCUCAAGGAUAUUAAGUAAAUGAUUUAUUCAUCAUGA